GGACCUGGAGAUCACGACGGAGCUGACGGAGCGCGCGCCCAGGCCGCAGCUGAGCGUGGGCGUGCGGCAGGGCGGCCAGCCCAUCUCGGGCGAGCUCAACGUGAACCCGGGCACGCCCCUGCAGAUGGACGUCUACCUGGACAAGGCCUCUGCGCCCAUCUACGGGCUCCUCGUCUCCUACAUGCAGGUCACCGACACCAAGAAUCAGGAGGAGACCAUCAUCUUCAACGGGUGCUCCUUCGACCCGCACCUCUUUGAGAACUUCAACACGGUGGACGGCGACUUCCUCACGGCCAAGUUCCGCGCCUUCAAGUUCCCGGACUCGACCUUCGUCCAGUUUAAGGCGACUGUCAACGUGUGCCUCGACAAGUGUCAAGGGGUGGAGUGCAGCAACGGCCAGGUCGGCUACGGCCGGCGGAGGAGGCGGGCCGUGCCCGACAUGUCGGCCGACCCCAACGCCAUCUACAAGGUGACCAUGAUCACGUUCAUCAAGGUGGACUACUCGGACGACGAGCUGCUGCGGAAAGGCCCUGGCAACAUCAUCCGCGCCGACUCCGAGCUGCCGCCCCGACGCCGCAACGCGACCCCCGUGCUGGCCACCAACGGCCUCGCGGACGUGGCGGACGCGGCCGACUCGCCCGCGGGACAACAGAGCCUGCAGCUGGCCGACGAGCACGUCCGGGAGGAGCUCGCUUACACCGUGGUGCGGUCGGGGGACCCCAGCGCGGCCUCCUCCGUGACAGCGUCCUGGUGCGUGCUGACACUGCUGCUCGUGGCCGCCGCGACACUCCGGGCGCACUGAGGGGAAGGCCCACGGUGCUCCCAUCUAGCGUCUUCAAGAUGAGGUGAUUUCCCCCUCUAAGCCGUCAGUUCUAAAUUGUAAUGUGCAAACGAUAACGGCAAAAAAACAAUUCUCCUUGCCUUUCUGAGGAAUCCAUUACAUCUUUUCUUUUAAUAGUACAAGACAGUACAUUUUUUAAAGUAACAAAACAGUUCAGCUUCUAAUUGAAAUUUAAAAAGCAACUAUUGUAUUUUUGUACAUAUAUCCUUUUUUUUUCUUUGUGUUGAGAAAUUUAUUUCAAAAAUGUCUAUUCGAAAUUUUUUACUUCCGUUUUUCAUGUAAAAAAAGUUUGUAACUAAGUCUUACCUUGAGUCUUACCUCCUUGUUGAGGGCAUUAAAGUGCCAGUUUUCCCCUUGACAGAUUUUUAAAUCCAAGCUUGAUGUGUGAUAAAUGUAGAUUAGUCUAUCAUAAUUAAUAUUAGAAGAGUUUUAAGAUAUUAAUAAUAGCAAGAAAAUGUUUAAAGUAGAGUU